AAAACCGUUAAAAACACGGAAUAUCAAUGAGGCCGAACCUGAGAUCUUUGGUCGCUAAGGCUUACCGCGUUCGUCAAGGGCGUACUUUCUCAUCCUCCUCCUCCGCUCCCAACCCUGUCGGGGACGAAGGGGCAAUUUCUAUUUACGAGUGGCUCUUACCUCGAGGUUUUGCAACGUUAACGGGGUUCGUUGUAGCUUCUUACUUUACGGGAGAUAGUGCUUCCAAAUUUGAUGAAAUGGUGAAAGAGUAUAACAAGGAUGCUGCGGAAUUCUUGGAGAAGAGGGGAAAGCUGCCGCCUAGUUGGGUGGACUCUGUGUCCAAAUCCUAAUAAUCGCAAGGUUUGGUUAUAGGUGGAUAACCUGAAUCGUUUGGUUGGUGGCAAAGAUGUAGUUUGGCUUCCUGAUGUUGACACCAUCUUUAGCCCAAGACUUUGCAAGUCAGUUCAAGUUGCAGAAAGGUUGUCUUAAGUUCAACUACUGUUCUUGUCCUUAUUAUUCCAGCAAGCAAAAAUUUCAAAUAUGUUUUAGUUACAAUAAUGUGACCAUUAAAAUGUAGUGAAACACUAACGCUCCACGUAUUCCCCCUAUUCGUUAUUUCCUUUUCAACA